GCGGCGGGGAGAUCUGGAGACCUAUGGAGUCGUUCGAGGUACUGACUACCCCCACCCGGAGGAGCCACGCUUCAGCUUUCCCAACCCUCGGCGCGCGCCUUCCUCCCUUAUAUAGGGUGUACUGUAAUACGAUAUUCAGAAUUCCGUGGUACCUGCCGGAUUGUGUAGACGGUAUAAGAACGAAAUACGAUGGAAAGCCGAGUAAAAAGAGGAUGGGUGACGACGACUAAUUAUUAUUAUUGAAAGAAGAAAACGGCUGACGAUCGAGCUUGAAAUCAGUCGAAAAUACUGACGCAGACAAGAAGCAAGGGGAGGUGAGGAGAGACGAAGAAGAAGCCAGCUUGGUUUCGCUUCGACAUCAUCUUACAUCGGCUCCAUCGUCCAGCGUAAUCGCGAAUCAGCCUACCUGGAAGGGAUAUAAGGCUACGGCUCCACGGCUUUGUAUCGUCAGACGGUGGAGGAAUAUCGUUCGUAGUCGAGUUAAAAGGGAAAGAGAGGAACCUUGCCAACGUACGUGACGUUCGUUUGUUAGUCAGACAACCUGACUAGUUGUGGUUAACUCGCAGUGGUCAGUUAGCAUCCUCCUGUUCGGAUACACCUUGCUUAUCGCUCGGUAGCAACAACCCGCUACGAUCGUUUCUUCCUUCCACAUCCUUCAAUCCGAGCAACAAGAUCGCGAUUUUUCCCCCUGGUUCCAUUCAAGAACCAGUAUUCGUCCAUCGAGCAACGGAAGGAACAGUCGUUCGUAGAGGUGCAUCGAAAGCAAUAGAGCGAAGGGUGAAUUCAACGCCGCCAUUCCUUUGAACGGGACAACCUGUUAAAGAGGAGCUUUCGCUGAUUUUUCGACAAUUUCUUCAGGAUAAGGGUUCAUCAGAAAAACACGAAGAACAAUGUCGGGUAUCGUGGAUUGGUACAAAGACAUCGUCUAUAACAAACCUGAUCCACGGACGAGCGAUUGGUUUUUGGUAACAGGGCCAGGUCCAUUGUUCAUGAUCAUUGUCACGUAUGUCUACUUCAGCGUUUCAGCCGGACCGAGGUACAUGAAAGACAAGAAGCCAUAUGAAUUAAGAAAUGUAAUGAUCUUAUACAAUUUCAUACAAGUACUGCUCAGCAUAUAUCUCGUUUACGAGGGGUUGAUGGCUGGAUGGGGAGGACAAUACAGUUACCGCUGUCAACCUGUCGAUUAUUCGAACAAUCCAAUGGCUCUUAGGAUAGCUCGAGGUGUACACUUGUAUUACUUGUGCAAGUUGUUCGAGCUGCUGGAUACGGUCUUCUUUGUUCUGCGGAAGAAACAACGUCAGAUCUCGUUCCUGCACGUCUACCACCAUUCCCUGAUGCCAUUCUGCGCUUGGAUUGGAGUACGUUAUUUGCCCGGGGGUCAUGGUACUCUGCUCGGUGUCAUCAACGCAUUCAUCCACGUCAUCAUGUAUGCCUACUACAUGCUCUCCUCGAUAGGGCCACACAUGAACAAAUAUCUUUGGUGGAAGAAGUACUUGACGACGUUACAAUUGAUCCAGUUUAGUAUCAUCUUCCUGCACAAUCUGCAGGUGUUUUUCAAUGGAUGCAAUUUCCCGAAACCGAUCUCGUUUCUACUCUGUCUGAACGCGCUUAUCUUCAUUUACAUGUUUAGCUCGUUCUAUGUUGAAACUUAUACUAAAAAGCGAGUGAGUGCCACGAAAGAGUGCACGAAUGGUACGGUUAAGAACAAACCAGAAUGA